UUGUCAAUUUAGUUAUUUGUUAUAACUUAAGUGUAAUGUGUUUAUCACAACUUUGAGACUUUUACAGAAUAAUGACAACAUGAUAAAGUGAAAGCAUUCAUAAGGAAAUCCAAAUAUUUUACCUUAUUGAUAUAUGAUAUUAGCAGACAUUUCAAAAGUAUUUUACAGACAAUGGAAGCACUACCGACCAGUUAUCGAACAUAUGGAUCAAAUGAUUUUGAAGUAAGUCCUGAACAGCCACCACCACAAAUACAACCAUACCAGAAUACUACUUCAAAUGUGACUGUGGUGGUCAAUCAACCGUCAUUGCAACACAAUCAGGUUAUGGUCACUACUUCAUUGGACGGACACAGACAUUGGUCAACUGGACUCUUUGAUUGUUUUUCGGAUAUGGCCAAUUGUGUUUUUACAUGUUGUUGUUACCCAUUUGCUGUCUGUAACUUGGCAUCACGAUUAGGGGAAUGCUUCUGCGCACCAGCCUGCGUACCUGGCGGAGAUAUCAUCUUGAGAAAUAGAAUAAGGAGUGUUGGAGGAAUCAGAGGUUCAAUGUGUGAUGACUGUCUUGUGAUUGUGUGCUGUGGACCAUGUGCUGCUUGUCAGGAAGCUAGAGAACUGACAAAUAUGGGGAUUCCUUAGAUAGAUGGUCAUAACAAUGUUUUUUGUAAAGAAUCCUCUAAAUGUAAACAAUACAAUGUAUCAAAAUCAA